AUGAAACUAGUAUGUUCGCGCACGCAGGGGUCGACAAUUUCCAGGCCAUUCUCCGAAAAAAGCGAGAUCACUUUUAAGGCGAGUGCGUGGCAGCCGCAACUAGAGUCAUCGCCGAUAGCGGAGACCCCGUUUAGGAUCCUGGGGAGGGUCAACAACGCGCAUGUAAUGCUUCUGAUGUUUGCAGACGUCUCUAGGCUACCAAUGAAUAAUUAUGAUUUGGGCAACAAGUUUGAAGAUAAGAAAUUAGAUAAGUCAGCCAAAAAUUUAAUACCAAGUAAAAAUCGUAAUUACAUAAAUACGAACUAUUACGUAGAAUGCGGUCGUAUGUCUCAACCAUCACAGAUCGUACAACGACGUACAUUUAAUGAAUCUGAUUCAGCAAUCAGUUUUGACAAUAUAAAUUAUUAUAGUAAUAAAUUGUGGCCAUUAGGAGUUGUUUUAUUCGGAUUCGAUGAUGAUUUGAUUAUGGCAAGAUCACAAGAUUAUAAAAGGCUUAUACACGCAAUGGCGGCAAUUGAACAAUACACUUGUAUAGUAUUCCAAAAAUAUAUACCCGAUGAUAGUUUGGAUGCUAAAAGUUAUAUAUGGUUUGAUAAAGAAGGCGAAGACAUGCCCUUACUCGGGUUUAGCGGCGGUAAACAGUCGAUAAACUUAUCAUCUUUCUUAAACGGUGCUCCGGGACACACAGCUCACGCUAUCAACAAUUUAUUACGGAUACUCGGCAUCCACAUGAUGUCGAAUCGUUAUGAUAGGGAUAAUUACGUAACUAUUAAUUGGGAUAAUGUGGAAAAAGGUAAAGAACAAUAUUUAGAAAGGUCACCAGAGAAAGCGUGGAUAGCGUCGAUUCCGUAUGACUUCGACAGUGUAACUCACGCGCCAGCUAACUACAUGUGCAGUAAUUGUGACCUCGGAGACACCACAGUACAGCCUUUACAGGAUCAUCUUUGGCAACGAACAUUUUCAAUGGGCCAUAGAAAUACACUUAGCGACUCUGAUAUACGCACGGUAAACUUACUGUACAAUCCACAGUGUAAUGAACGUUACACGUCACUUAAAUAAGUAAAUAAAAUUAUAACUAAAAAA